AUGUUACUGCGGAAAUCCUCCCGCCUUCUCAACUCCCCAUGCAGCUCCAGUUCUUCCCUGGCGCAGCCGCAGGGCACGUGGACCAGCUCCAGCCCCUCUGUGGCGCAGGGGGAUGCGGAGAUGGGCUCCCUGCCAGCCUCCGGGGCGCCAGAUGUCCUGGACCUGAGCAGCAGUGAAGAUGGAGGUGGCUCCGACUCGGGCAGUGACUUUGAGGACACGCUCCGGAAGGGCGGCAAGCGGGGCACUAGGACCCCUCUUAGCUGCACCCUGACAGCCAAGCGACCCCGGAAAGAUGCCAGCAGGGAUGGGGAUAGCCUGGCUGAGAGAAACCCAGAGCCCAGCAACCUCUUUGAGGUAGUGAGGCUGGCGAAGAGUGCCAUGGAGUCUGUGGUGGAUGACUGGCUGGAGAGCUACAAGCAGAACAAGGAAGCUGGGUUCCUGGAGCUCGUCAACUUCUUCAUCCGCUCCUGUGGCUGCAAAGGUGUGGUGACCCCGGAGAUGUUCAGGAAGCAGCAAAACUCGGAGAUCAUCCAGCAGCUGACGGAGCAGUUUGAUGAGGACUCUGCCGAGUACCCGCUGGUCCUGACCACCCAGCCCUGGCGAAAGUUCCAGGCGGGAUUCUGUGAGCUGGUGACAGUGCUGGUGCGACGUUGUCAGUACAGCAUCAUCUACGAUGAGUACCUCAUGGACACCCUCAUCUCCCUGCUCACUGGCCUCUCCGACUCCCAGGUGCGCGCCUUCCGUCACACCAGCACCCUCGCAGCCAUGAAGCUGAUGACAUCGCUGGUGAGGGUGGCACUGGGCGUGAGCCUGCACAAAGACAACAACCAGCGGCAGUAUGAGGCCGAGAGGAGCAAGGGGCCAAGCCGCAGGGCCACGGACAAGUUAGAGGCACUGCUGGAGAAGCGCAGGGAGCUCCAGGAACAGCAGGAGGAGAUCGAGAACAUGAUGAACGCCAUCUUCAAAGGGGUCUUUGUGCAUCGGUACAGGGAUCUGGUGCCUGAGAUCCGGGCCAUCUGCAUAGAGGAGAUGGGGAACUGGAUGCAGAGCUACAGCGCCUCUUUCCUGACAGACAGCUACCUCAAAUACAUUGGCUGGACCCUGCACGACAAGCAGCGGGAGGUGCGGCUCAAGUGCCUGAAGGCCCUGCAGGGGCUGUACCGCAGCCGGGAGAUGGCUGCUCGCAUGGAGCUCUUCACCAGCCGCUUCAAGGGUCGCAUGGUGUCCAUGGUCCUGGACAAAGAACCCGACGUGGGUGUGGAGGCCAUCAAGCUGCUGACCCUGAUUCUGCAGAACAUGGAGGAGAUGCUGACAGAUGAGGACUGCGAGGCCGUUUACCCCGUGGUGUAUGCUUCCAACCGGGCACUGGCUGCUGCUGCCGGGGAGUUUCUUUACAAGAAGCAGUUUGACCUGGAUUGGGAAGCCGGGAAGGAGAAGGGGCGCCGUGGGGGGAGCAGGGACUUCUUCAGGCUGCUGCUAUCUUUCUUCAUCGAGAGUGAGCUCCACGAGCAUGCGGCGUACCUGGUGGACAGCUUGUGGGACUGUGCUGCCCCCCUGCUGAAGGACUGGGAUGGCCUGACGCACCUGCUGCUGGAAGAGUCCCCGGAGGAGGGCUGGGGUGACCAGCAGGAAAACGCCCUGAUCGAGAUCCUGGUCUCCAGCAUGCGUCAGGCCACGGAGGGGAAGCCGCCCGUUGGCAGGGGCCCUGGCAAGAAGGUGCUCUCAGCGCGGGAGCGGAAGGCCCAGGAGGACGACAGGGAGAAACUCACUCAGUACCUCAUCCCGCUGCUGCCCCAGCUGCUGGCCAAGUUCUCAGCUGAUGCGGAGAAGGUGGCGCUCCUGCUGGCCGCUCCGCGCUACUUCAACCUCAGCCUCUACAGCAGUGGGCGGCUGGAGAAGUACCUAGAGCAGCUGCUGGCCCAGCUGCGGGAGGUGGUGGAGAAACACACUGGCCAGGAGGUGCUGGAGGCUGCUGCCCGGGCGCUGUACGUGCUCUGCAAUCCAGAGUUCACCUUCUACAGCCGCGUGGACUUGGCCCGCAGUCGCCUUGUGGACACGCUGGCUGACAAGUUCCAGCAGGAGGUGUCCGAGCUCCUCCAGGCCUCGUACCUGGACGAAGACGAGGUUUACAGCAUGGCUGCCACACUGAAGCGCAUUUCCAUCCUCCACAAUGCUCACGACCUGACCCCAUGGCAGCUCUAUGAGCCCUGCAGCCGCCUUCUCCAGCAAGCUGUGGACACAGGCGAGGUCCCCAAGCAGGUGGUCAUCCCCACCAUGACCUGUCUCCACUUCGGCAUCCUCUGGGAGCUGGCUCGUGUCUCUGGCACCGUCCCUGUGCAGAAAGAGCUGCUGGCCCUGAAGCGCAAAGUCGCCUCCUUCUGCUCCCUCUGCCAGAGCUGCCUGAGCGAUGUGGACUCCAGGGUCCAAGAGCAGGCCUUUGUGCUGCUGAGUGACCUGCUGCUGGUGUUCAGCCCGCAGCUGGCUCAAGGUGAGCGGGAGGUGCUGGAGCUGCUGGUGUACCGGCCCGAGGUCGCCCUGCAGUCCCAGCUGGCCGGAUUCCUCAUGGAUCAUGUCUUCAACCAUGCCGAGCUCGUGGACAGUGAUGAGGAGGACAGCGAGGGGAAGAUCGAGAGGCUACACCAACGGCGCAACCUGCUGGCCGGUUUCUGCAAACUCAUCAUCUACAACGUGCUGGAGCUGAGCGCCGCCUCCGACGUCUUCAAGCACUACGCCAAGUUCUACAAGGAUUACGGGGACAUCAUCAAGGAGACGCUGAGCCGGGCGCGGCAGAUUGACCGGGAUGAGUGGGCCCGCACCCUUCUCCUCAGCCUGCAGCAGCUGCUGACAGAGCUGCUGCUGCAGCAGGGCCCGGAGGCAGUUUACGGCAAGGCCUUCCUGGAGAUCCGGGAUCUGGCACGGCGCUUCUCCGUGUUCUUCGGCCUGCACCAGCUGCACAACCGCCAGGCGCUGGUGGCCCUGCACAAGGCUGGGAUCAAAUUUGCCUUCCAGGAGCAAGAACCCUCUGGUUCAGAGCUGGGGCCCCUCAACCUGCCCUUCCUGGAGGUGCUGAGCGAAUUCUCCCCCCGCCUGCUGCGCCCAGACAAGAAGCUGCUCCUGUCCUACCUGGAGCAGACCUGCCAGGCCAGGCUCUCCCCACAGCAGAGAGGGAAGCGCUGGAAUUCACUCCUGAUGUAUCGCCGCUCGCUGAGAUCCCUGGAUGACAUGGGCUCCAAUGCCAGCCGGAUUGCAGCCCCCCGACCCCGGAGGAGACCUAGCUCUGCAGCCAAGAGGAGGCAUCUGGAUGACUCCUCUGAGCGAGGGGAUUCCAGCCUCCCGCUGAGCAGCCGCCUGGAGACACCGAUGCUCACGUCAACAGCGCUGAAAAGGGGACACCAGCUGGGCAGCCCGGCGCAGCUGCAGGAAGAGGAGGGGUCCGAGUCGGACUUCGUGCAGAGCCAGCCCUGGUUCAGCUCCCAGCGCUCCCGAGAAUCACCUGGCCGGCAGCAGCAGCUCCUGGUCCCCUGGCGCACCUCGAGACUUGGGCUGGGCAGCAGGAUGGACCGGCUCAGCCUGAUGGAGGAGGAGGAGAUGGUGAUCCAGGCGGAGAGCAGCGACGAGGAGGAUGCCCAGGGCCUGGACAUGCCGCUGAUCCGCUCGCACAGCUCCCAAGGUGAGCAGUUCCGGGACCUCUUCGACUCCACCAUCCUUGGCAUCGAGGAUCCCUGACGUGGCUGGAGCAGGCGGGAGAUCACCCCUGUCUGGGAAUGGGGCCCUCGCUGGGCGUGGCCUUUCCCAGGGAAUUACACACCAGGCUGUUUUUCUGUUGCACUUUUAUUGUGUCUGGCUACAGGACCGGGUUCCCAGUGUGGGUGAGCACCCUCGGGAGUCUGGGUCGACGGGUCUAGGCCAGGCUCUGUCGGUGCCCUGGCCGGGCUGCUGUUACAGAGGUUAGGGGAUUGGUUCUACUCAUAAAUAAAGUUGUUUAUUGCCAGA